AUGGCCUCGUCGACCAAGGCCGCUGCGUCGCUGCAAUCAGCGCUCCUCGUCACACGUGCGCCUGUCGUGCUGCAGGCGCCAAGCGGGCUGGAGCGGGAGUACUACCGCUUCAAUGUCGCGCUCUCGAACCGGCUGCAGCAGCCGUUUGCGCGCGAGCAAUACUUCAAAAAGGGAUCGGCUGCCGAGUCCCGCUUUGAUGAGUUCUACGCGCAGCUGCAGAAAACGUGGGACCUGCAGACAGCGACCAAGACGCCCGACGCCCCGCGCGCGGCCAGCGGCGCACAGGAGGCCGAGGCGGACCUGUAUGCGACCAUGCCGCGCGAGACCAAGGCGGAUCAAGAGCGCAAUGUGCAGAGCCUCGAGCGCGCUCUCGACCGCACGCUCUACCUCGCGGUCCAGCGCGACGGCACGUGGCGCUUGCCGACCAAGGCCCUGCCCGGCGCGCGUGCGCCGACCGACUCACUGCACGACACGGCCACCGAGGCGGUCACUGAGCCGCUCGGCACAGACAUGGACCUGUGGCUCGUGAGCAAGCUCCCCAUCGCCGUGGUGCAGGACGCUGCCCAGUCGAACAAGACGUACAUUCUCAAGGCGCACAUCCUCUCUGGCACGCCGUCGUCUGCGUCGGGCACCGACUUUGCGUGGCUCACGCGCGAGGAGCUCCAAGAGCGCUGGCUCGCGCAGGACACGCCCGACGCCCGCGCGUCGUGGAACGUCGUGCAGGACCUGCUGGAUGCAUAG